CCGAAAAAAAUUUCAUCCUUUUUUCGAAGCAUGGGGUUCUACGAUGACCCCUUUUCCUUGUUUAUUUUCGCUUCUAUUGCAAUGCACUUUUUCGUGUACAAUGGAUGGCAUGAUUUCCUUAUACCCCAAGCUCUUCAGCGUGGAAUCUCUGAAAAGAAUACCAUCAUCAUAACAUUCGUUGCGGGGGUAGGAAACAUCUCCAUCCGCCUAACGGUAGCUCUCCUGAUGUAUAAAUGCUUUGAACCCGUGAACAUCUUCCUCAUAUUAACAUUCAUUAACACCAUAUCUCUCACUUUUGAUGCAUUCUUUCCUAAUUAUCACGUCAUGCUCGUGACGUCCUUCUGUUCAAUUGCUUGCAUUUCUGGGAGAACUAUUUUGAAAACGGUGAUCAUCAGGAAUCGAUUUUCAUCUGAAAACCUACCCAUGGCAUUAGGGGUGAAUAACGUGGGUGAAUCCGUCACAUAUUUCCUCGGAGGAUACUUAUCAGGGUUGGUGGCUGACACGUUUUCAUCGUAUGAUGCAACAAUACUUCUACUUGCCGCAGUCGAUAUGCUGGCCUUCGUGUUUAUGCUGUUUCCUAAAAUAAAGAAGAAACCUGAAGUCAAAUCACAGUAACGGAUGCAACACAGAUCAUCACGGAAGCGAUUUCUUGUCUGUUUAGGGACUUUCAGGAUCCACGACUAUAAUUACCAGAUAACAUUACAAACAAAAGGAGCAGUUAAGAAUUGGCUACUACCUUGCCGAUG